AUGGCGGACGAGAGCGACGGCACGGCUGUGGAGAGCCCUCGAGAAGAUCCAGACGCUAUCACCUCUCAAGGCGAAGAAGAGGAGGACGACGAGGGGUUCACCUUCGCCCCUGCGACGCGUCUGCCCGGCGGCGGCGCGUUCGGCGACGGCCGCGUGAUCGGGCACGUGUACCCGGUCUUCGGUCGCCCGCGUUCGCCGCCUCCGACGCAGCAGCCUGAGGAGGAGGAAGCGGGCACGGCGACGGUGCGGGUCCCGCUGCGGCAGCUCCUCCUGGCGGAGCGCGGCUCAUCCUCCCCGUCCACACAAGAACCCGACGACGACGCAGACAGCGAGCUGGACGGGGUGCCGGCGGAGACAUACUGCCUGUGGUCCCCGGGGACCUCGCCCUCCGCGUCCACAUCCCCGGCGCAGUUCCCGAAGAGCGGGUCGACGGGGUCGGUCCUGCGGUGGCGCCAGCGGCUGCAGGUCGGGCGCAGCCACAGCGACGGCAAGGAGAAGUUCGUGUUCCUGCAGGAGGACGCGGCCGGAUCCUCGGCCUCCCCCGGGCGCGACGGGAGGGCCGGCGGUAUCCAUAGCUGGAGCUACUACGGCAGAGGCAGGGGAAGCGGCAGGGGGAGCCGCAGGUCGUCGCCGGCGACGUUCCUCCCGUACAAACAGGACCUCGUCGGGCUCUUCGCGAACGCCAGCGCCCUCCGCCGGAGCUACCACCCCUUCUAACCGUCCCUGGAUGUGCUGUUUCUUCUUUCUCUUUCAGAUUGUGAUCAUAU